AUGUCAUUAUCGGAUUUCAAAUAUAUAUACUUUAUGGAAUGGGCGCACCGGAUGUGGGGUCGUACGAUCGGGCUAGCAUUCAUUUUGCCAGCAAUUUAUUUUGGAGCUCGUGGAUAUAUGUCUAGAUCUACAAUAAAAAGCGUCGUAGGUCUAACUGGACUACUCGGGUUCCAGGGUAUACUAGGAUGGUAUAUGGUUAAAUCUGGACUUUCCGAGGAAUUAUUGUCAACGCCUCAGGCCGUUGCUCGUGUUA